AGAAAGGGAGGAGAGGAACAUGAUGACUUUAAAAAAAACCAUUAUCCUCCUUUUUGAGUCCUUCGAAUUGGGGUAUUUAAUUUUAGGGGAUAUCAAAGACACAUUGUGAUUUUUAAAUGUAAAUGGACAAAAAUGAUCAGCUCUAAUUCCUGUAUUUAUAACUCUCAAAAGAAGCUCUAAUUCCUUCGACCAUCCUUUGCGUCAUUCAGGAGUAGCCGCAAGCCCGCAAUCCUCUUUCAAACAUGGAUCAAAUUAAUCAGCUCGCAGCAUAAUCGACAAUCGUUGUGCAGAAAGGUUUCCUGCCACCUCCUAGUUUGAAUCGGGUGUUUUCUUAUGGGAAAAGUGAACAAGGAGUGCAAAGUAACCGGAUUUUUUUAGGGGUUUAGGCCCUAAACCAAAUGAGAUUUCUUUUCCGCUGUUCCAAAUGAGGGAGAUGGAUCACAAAACACCCGUAGGAUGGUGUAACAUGGUGCAAAACAUGGUAGCUCACGUUCUUUGCCUUGUUGUUCAAUGGCACUUCUUUCAAAUGUGUUAUGCUAAAAGAAAAAUAACAUAUACCAUGAGCUCAGGAAGAGAACGAAAUAGAGAAGAAACAAUGAUGCAUAUUAUGAGUAGUGAAGAAGGUCGCAAUAUAGUGAGUAUGGGACCAGUAGCAUUUCUUGGGUUAUCUCAAAUGUUAGAGAGGCAAUGCUACUUAAAACCUACACGAUGGGCAAAUGUUGAAGAAUAACUUGCAAAAACAUUAUAUGUACUAACACAUGGUGCCAAGAGUCGUGGGUGAACUUCUGGUUUCGACGUUCUGGAGAAACUAUUAGUCGUCACUUUAAAUAGGCUAUUGCGAUGUGGAGGGAUUAUAGACAGUAUUUUAAUAAAUACAAUGCAAUGUUUACAUCUUAGAUGUAGUUAACUCUACUUAUUUGAAUCAUAAGUCAUUGUGACCUAAACUUUAACAAUUGUUAUUAGUUCUUUUUUAAUAAUAGAUUUAAGGUUUGAUGAUAUAUAUUUUUUCUAGAUAACAUGGCUCCAAAAAACAAUGACUCUAGUGAUGGAAGCUCAUUAAAAAUGCUAAUUUGGACGCCUACUAUGGAUGAAACAUUGGUUGAUGCAUUCCUGAGUCAGUAUAAUAUAGGACUCAAGGUUAACAGCACUUUCAUUACCAAGGCGUACGAAAACAUUCUGGCUGAAAUGAAAAGAACUUAUGACAUAAAAAUUGAAAAGAGCCAAAUAAAGAGUCG